UUCCCGCCGCUCGCUGCCACGCGCCUUAGCUCCCCUCAGGCUCCGUGCCCCGCUGCCGAAACCCAGAGCUUCUCCCGACAGCUCCUCGCCUUUGCGAGUCCUCCGUCGCUCCUUCCUGGUUCUGCCCGCCUCCUCCUCGUCCCUCCGUUGCUUCGCGGCCGAGUGGCCCGGGGCUCCGACGGCUUCCCUAAGGCAGAGGGAAGGGCUGCAGGCUGAGGCGAGGCGAUGCUGAGGCCUCCCGUCCCCGCCGCCCCCGCGUCAGCGCGGCCCCCAGGACGCCAGCUGGACUCCAGCCAACGGCAGCGCCGUCAGAAAUCUGCGAUGUCGGCUCCAUGGGGAUAUACACGUACCCCCCUGACUGAGGAGCAAGGAUAUGGGAAAUAAGAAGUAACUGAUUUCCAUUUUCACAUGGUACAGAAUGUACAAGUGCUUUGGAGAGGAGCUGCUGGCAAGUAAUAACAAAGGUUGAUGCUGAGGAUGGAACAGGCAACAGUAAGGUUUGAAGCUUUUGAAAUGGAAAUUAUACCAGCUAGCAAAGCUGUUGCACAGAUUGGAGAAACACUGAUACUCACAUGCAACACUACCGGCUGUGCAUUACCAAAGUUUUCAUGGAGAGCCCAAAUGGACUACCCCCUUGGAGGAAAAGUGUACAAUAACAAGACAUACUCUACCUUGACUAUGAAUCCAGUUAGUGCUGAAAGUAGCAACACUUAUUUAUGUACUGUCCUCUGCAAUAAAGAGAAAAAAGAGAAGAAUGUCCAAGUUGAAAUUUACUCUUUUCCUAGUGAUCCUGUCAUUGAAACCAGCACAUCUUUAGUUGUUGGAGAAACUGCCACUGUCAUCUGUAAAAUUCAUGAUGUGUUUCCUUCUGAUCACCUGGAAAUACUCCUAAAGAAAGAGGAACAUAUUCUUCAUCGCAAAACUUUUUAUGGAGAUGUCAGCACAAAAACAGAAACCAAAACUGUGGCAUAUUCAUUUAACCUCACAACUGAAGACAAUGGUAAAGAGAUUACUUGUGUGGCCAGAUUACAAAUUGCUGAUAUGGACUUUGAGCCCAAAGAAAGAUUAACUUCUCUGAAACUGAAUGCAAACUUUGGUCCACAAAAUACUUUCAUUAACGCAUCUCCGGGAAACUCAUCAAUGGAAGGACACUCUCUAAAACUUACUUGCGUGACUGAGAGUAAUCCACCAGCGCAAGUAGUUUGGAGAAAGCAUCUGGCAAAUGAAACCAUUCAGCAUUUCAUAGAAAACAAUGUCCUUUCUAUUCCUCAUGCCCAUUUCACUGACUCAGGACAGUACAUCUGUGAAGUAAUUAAUCCUGUAACUAAUAAAACCGAGAAAGCAGCUGUGAACAUUGUUAUACAAGCUCCACCAAAAAAUACAACACUCACAGUUUUCCCCUCAAGUUCAGUGAAAGAAGGAGAAAGUGUUACCAUCUCUUGCACAGCUGCAGCUGUCCCAGCUGUUCAGAUUAUCCUAGAAAAGAAAAUAGGUGAUGUGACCACAACUCUUAAAACAGAAGAUGGCAAAUACACCAUAGACAAGGCUCAGCCAAAGGAUGCAGGAAAAUAUGAGUGCACAUUCACUAACAAAUUUGGAAGUCAUUCUCUGGACAUAGAACUUGAUGUCAAAGUUCCUCCUCAGAAUAUUACUGUGUUAGUUUAUCCAUCAGAAAAUGUUAAAGAAGGAGAAAAUGUCACUAUUACGUGUAGCACAUACAGUAACCCGCCAUCACAGAUGAUCCUGAAAAAAGUUAAUCAAGACAAAGAAAUUAUUCUCCCAGCAGUCAAUGGAACCUUUACACUCUACAAUGUCACUAAAAAUGAUACAGGCAGAUAUUUGCUUGAUGUUUUCAAUGAGGUUGGAAACAACAUCAAAGUGAUAGAGAUAGCUGUUGUGGGAAAAUUGGAAAAACCAAAUCAAAUUAUGCCCCUGAUUAUUGCAUUCUCCUGUGUAACAGCAAUAGCAAUACCUGUGGUUGCAAUUUUGAUCUACGUGUCAAGAAAAGCAAAGAUAAAUGGAUCCUACAGUCUCGUUAAAGCACUGAGGCUGAAAGUGUGAUUGUGUGAUUAUAAGUCUAAAUAGUUCAUAAUAAGCAAUGUUAUUUAUUGUUGUGACUCUUUAUACGCCUAUUCCAAAACAUAUGGUAACAAACAAGUGAUUUGAGAACACUACCAUAUGAUAGCAAAUGAAAUUUUUUUGUACUUUGAGAGGUAUUUCAGAAUUUAAAUUAAAGGAAAGGCUAGCAUCCUGUCUUAGGAGUAGGUAUAGCACUUCUGUGUUGAAGCAUGCUAAACCAAGAGUUCCUUGGAGAACUAGGUUUGUACAUAGUGUAUAAAUGUUACAAAUAUGUUUAACUGAAUAUCAGUUUGUAAAAUUGCACUCUCUGCAGCUGUACAUAGACAUGUUGUUAAUUCAAAAAUAUAAAUUAGCAUUAUUUGAACUUAUCAGUUAAUAAUAUUUUAUUUUAUAUUAUUCUACAGAUUGAAUGUUUUUAAUAUAAUCUUACUGCUUGUGGCAAUGUUUGGAAAAUGUUCUCUUAUUUUGCUGUAAACUGUGUACCUUCAAAGAAAUUACACAAUCACUGAAUUAUACACAUCUGAUUAUUUUAAAUUAAGUUAAGAUCUCAAGACUCAUUUGUGAAGCACUGUAUUUUAGUGAAUACAUUAUUAUAAAUAUUACUUAGGAAGGGGCUGGGAUUAUAAGAUCGUUUUAGGAGAGCUGAAGCAUUUUUGUAGGAAUUAGUCAUUCACAAAUCAGUGACAAAAUUCUGCUGUUUCAUAAUGAAACGGAUUAGACCUUUUAUUUAGAAUAUAAGCGGCCAAUAAGUAUGCUUUAGAGAUUUCCACUACAAAAUACUACCAAUGUGUUUCUUUUAAAUCCCCCUAGUGAUUCUUGCAUUCUGACAUAUUAUGUUAAAAUACCUGCUUUCACACUUUCAUACUCAGAAAUCACCUGCUCUGAUUUUGUUAGUUGAAAAUGUAGUUACUUUUUACCUGUGGACUUCCUCUGAUAUAUGUAAACUUAAAGAAAUUUGGCGUAGGUUAAUGUUACUAAAGAGAAAGCUUGUGUAGUUCUUAUGCACGUUCCUGUGGAAGGAGCGAUUGAAAGCUACUCUCCUUAGCGACAGCAGGUUCAAAAGUCAUGGAAAGCCCUCUCUGAAAGGCACAAGUAAAGCAGGCAGUUACCUAAGCAGGGAGAGACAGAAUCUAUAUGGCCUCAGCCAUGGUGGUGGUUGUUUCCUGAAGCAAUGCCCUUCCUAGGCUCCUCAUUGUGGAAAACCUUGCCUGACAAUCAGUGCCUGAGUGUUUUACCAUGGUUAGUGUCUCUUUUCACCACAUCCUCUUUCCAGUGCUGGGAAAAUGACUAAUAAAAUAGCAGGUCUUCUGUGCAGAGGCAAAGAUGGGAGGGAAUGAGAAGUGGAAUUUAAUGUUUUUCUCCACUACAUCCUUGCCAGCAGCGCUGCUUUGACUCAUGUGGUUAGUGAUGUUCACUGAAGGUAAGGCUUUAUGAGGUACAAAGCAAGAUUAAGCAAUCAGGCAUUGAGGUGUUGCAGUAUAUUCACCCAUAAGAGCCCUGAGCCACUGUGUUAAGUGCAAGAAGGUGGUCCUGGCUGCUCCAAACUUGCAUGAAAAUGCAAGAUCAGAAAUAUAUGUGAAAGGAAUUUUUUUGUAUUAUUUGCUAUUUACAAACAAUAGCAACUGCCCCCAAUAGCAAUGCAAAUGCAGAUGUCUUUUGAUAGCUAGCUGCAGGAUGAGGUGGGGAACAAAUCUCCGUCUUCUUCAUAACAUGUUCAGAAAUGUCUUGUGAGCAGUAAAUCAGUUCAUGCAGGAAUGCAGGGUCCCAUGCUUGUCUACUGUUGGAAUGGGAGCUUUGGAAAGUGGGGGUGUAAAAGAAGAAUAGGAGAAAAGUAUGGACUUGGCUUGGAGGAAUAUGAGAUUGAAGUAGGAGGGUGAAGAAAAGAUUGAAGACAGAGGAGGAGGAAAGCUUUGACAGACUCAUGACAUAAAUUUCUUGGAGGUGAUCCCAAGCAGGUUUAUUCAUAAUGUCAGGCAUAUCUCUGUGCUGACUUGUGAGAAAACCAUAAAAUAUAUUUUUUUCCCCUGCAUGAAACUUCAGUGCAUACACAUUUUGUCUACUGGAUAUAGUGCUUGUUGCUGGAGGACCUGGAAAAAAAAAAAGAAAAAUUAAAAUGCAUAGGAUGUUUCAGUUUGGAGAGAAUUCUGAAGAAAGAGGGGAUACGACUGAAGUUUUCUAAAUUGUGAAGGCAGCUGAUAGCAAACAACAAAUGGAAAACUGUUGUUUGCUAAAUCAUAUGAUGCCAGGACUGCAGGACCCCCAGACCGGUUUAAGAGAAAUAAUGGAAGGUAUUCUUAAUGCAGUAAAUAACUGGAAGCUGCUAUUGCAGGAGAUUGUGAUGAAAGACAGUAUCAAUUGGUUUAGAAGGGAAAUGGGGAAAAAAUAAAGAACUAAAGGAUCAAGAACAAAUACUAAAGGGAGUAAGCAAACAUUCCUCAGGCCAGUUUUGCAUGCUGACCUUAAACAGUGACUCACUGCUAGAAACAUACUGCCAAAGUGGAAUGAUUGGUCAGAUCCAGAAAGGCAUUUCUGCCUUUUGACUUUCUCUGAGUGGGCUUGAGUGAGUGAGGCCUGCUUUGGUAAGGGGUUUAUUAGCUCUUGUGCUAUUUUCCUGUCUUCUGUAAUCUCUUAGAAGGAAUAAUAAGAGGAGAGAUGAGUGGGAAAGAAAUAAGAAUCAUCUUCCAGCAUCACUUCUGCACUUCUGUAUUUUUUCCUGGAAAUUCCCCUCAGGUUCCCCAUAUAUUUGUGAUUUAGAUGCAGACCUUUAUGUGUACAUGACUUGUCUGCCCUCUCAGAGUCUCUAUAUUUAAUAGCCAAUUAAGUCAAUAGGGGUUGAUCUUUGAUUUAAGUAGGCCAGUUUCUUAUUCAUAAACAUGAACUGAAUAAGGAGAGCUUGCAGUGCUCCUUUGAGAAGAGGCUACUCUUGUGUGGGUAGCAAACUUCCUCUCCUUGAGAUUACUAAGAACCUUACCAGGGAAUUUCCUCCUCUACAGCCUGGUUUUCGGUAUUUCCCAGGGCAUUUCUUCAUUUGGGCAGCAGCUUGUUUUAUGGAGGUUGAAAGUUCAUGGUCAAGUAAUUUAUCUUUUUAUUGAAAAUCACAGAAGGAUUAUAAUUUCUCCUUGUGUUAUCUCUCAUCAAGCAAAAUGCAGAGCCUCUGCCCUGGCAAAAAGAUAAACAGCAGCUCCAGCCUAGCAAGUGCUUUCAGGAGGGGUCUCAUCUGCCUAGAGGUCUAGGUAAGAGCCCCUACCAUGGGGCUUGCCUUCUUGACUGACAAAAUGAUCUGCAGAGCAGAGGACUGUGAGAUACACUCAGGUUUUCCCUGCAAAAUUACUUCAUAGCUUGUAGAGUUGCAUAUUUUACCCUCUCAGCCUGUGCUCAAGCACACCAGUUGUCCAUGUGUUUAUCCCAGCAAUACUGUGGAGCAAUGCUAAAUGUUAAAGGUAAAAUGAGUCUAGAUUUUUAAAAGUAAUUACAAAAUCUGAUUCCCUAUAGCCAGUUUGAGACACGCUCCUCUUAAAAUGUAAAGUUCAAAUAGAAAAAGAUAACUUUUAAAACACUUUUAGGGAAUGCUUUCAAAUGAUUUUGUAGGUAUACUGAAGGAAAAGUUUAGUAUCUCCCAUGACAGAGGUACUAGUUCAAUUUGUCUUCCUUUUGUGCCUUCCUCCCCACAAGGCAAUAGUAUUUUGUAAUCAAACUCUCUCUUAUCUCUUUGAUAAAGUAAACAGAUUGAGCUGCUGUAAGCCUACCUUUCUUUACAAAGUUAUUUCUACAGCGCAUAAAUAAUCUUCAUGGUCUUUUCUAAAUCCACUCCAGUACUUCAACAUACUGUUUAACAUGUUAGCGAAAGAGUGGUUAUGAUCUUGAACACUCCUCCAUGUUUUAGAUUGUAAUAAUUUUUUCUUGUUCUUCCAUAUUUGUUAAGGGCUUACAGUGGUGGAGACUUUAUUAGUGCAUUAGUUUUAACUUUAUUAGUUUAUUAGUUUUAACUGUGAUGUAACUCUGUGACAUGGCUACCAGUUAAGCCACAAAGCCUUUUUGCUGUAGCUAGUCAAACUUAGUAGAUUAAACUAGCUUUUUACAUUCCCGUGUCCUUUAGUGCACAUGAAAAGAAAGCAAACCAUAGCACUAGAUAUGUUAGCACUACUUCUAACGUGCAGCUGAAAGGAAAACUUCAGGAAAUGGGCUUGAGGUAUACUGGCAUCGUAUCUUGACCUCCAGUGAAUGGGCUUAGCCUCCACAAAUAAUAGUUUUCUUGCUUCAAUAUCAGAAAUAAAAAUAAAACAGAAAUAAAACUGCCUACAUUUUUUAAACUGACAAUAAAUAUAGAAAAAUGAA